AUGGGGCGCUACUAUCUUUUCCUGGCUUUCUGUUUAUGGGCUCUGGCAUCCGCUUUACAUCCGGCAUCCUGUGAUGGGCUAGUAAGAAUUGGUUUGAAGAAACGGCCUUUGGAUCUUCAGAGUAUUAAGGGCGCCAAAGUUGCAAGAAUGGAAGGAAAAUAUGGAAAUGAAGCGAAAGGCAUGAACCAUAAUUUGGGUGAUUCUGAUGUGGACAUAGUUUCCCUGAAGAAUUAUUUGGAUGCUCAAUACUAUGGAGAGAUUGGUAUUGGCUCACCACCCCAGAAGUUCACUGUCAUAUUUGACACUGGCAGUUCCAAUCUUUGGGUUCCAUCAUCAAAAUGUUAUUUUUCUAUCGCUUGCUGGUUCCAUUCUAAGUACAAGGCAAGUCGGUCCAGUUCAUAUACCAAAAAUGGAAAAUCCUGUUCAAUUCAUUAUGGAUCUGGAUCUGUUUCUGGCUUCUUCAGUCAAGAUAAUGUUGAAGUUGGUGAUCUUGUAGUCAAAGAUCAGGUUUUCAUUGAGGCCACACGAGAAGGAAGUCUUGCAUUCGUUUUGGCACAGUUUGAUGGAAUAUUUGGGCUUGGGUUUCAGGAAAUUUCUGUUGGGGAUGCUGUGCCAGUCUGGUACAAUAUGGUGGAGCAAGGUCUUGUAAAUGAAGAGGUAUUCUCAUUUUGGCUUAAUCGGGAUCUGGAGGCAAAAGAGGGAGGUGAGCUUGUUUUUGGCGGUGUUGAUCCAAAACACUUCAAGGGAAAGCAUACCUACGUUCCUGUCACGCAAAAGGGUUACUGGCAGUUUGACAUGGGAGAUUUUCUUAUUGGGAACCAUUCAACAGGUAAUGUUCACAGCUUUUCAAACCUAGCAGUUAUUGGUUUUUCUGUUUUGGUGAUGUACAUGGAAGCCCUUGUUUCCCAGCAAAUCAUUCAAUAUUCACUCCUGACAGAAAAUGUGGGUUUUUGUGAGGGGGGUUGUGCUGCCAUUGUGGAUUCUGGAACAUCCUUGCUUGCUGGUCCAACUACUGUUAUCACUGAAAUCAACCAUGCCAUCGGGGCAGAAGGAGUAGUGAGCAUGGAAUGUAAAGAAAUUGUCACUCAAUAUGGGGAGAUGAUAUGGGAUCUGUUAGUAUCAGGGGUACAGCCUGGCAAAGUAUGCUCACAAAUAGGUCUAUGUAUCUACAAUGGAGCUCAGUAUGUGAGUUCUUAUAUCGAAACAGUAGUUGAAAAGGGGAAGGAGGAAAUUUCUGCUGUGGAAACUCCAAUGUGUACUGCAUGUGAAAUGGCUGUUGUAUGGAUGCAGAACCAGCUAAAACAAAAGGGAACAAAAGAAGCAGUUCUAAAUUAUGUGAAUCAGCUUUGUGAGAGCCUACCAAGUCCUAUGGGAGAGUCCGUGAUUGACUGCAAAAGCAUUGCAUCCAUGCCAAAUGUCACCUUUACCAUUGGGGAUAAAGCUUUCCACCUCACUUCAGAACAGUUUGACAUGGGAGAUUUUCUUAUUGGGAACCAUUCAACAGGUAAUGUUCACAGCUUUUCAAACCUAGCAGUUAUUGGUUUUUCUGUUUUGGUGAUGUACAUGGAAGCCCUUGUUUCCCAGCAAAUCAUUCAAUAUUCACUCCUGACAGAAAAUGUGGGUUUUUGUGAGGGGGGUUGUGCUGCCAUUGUGGAUUCUGGAACAUCCUUGCUUGCUGGUCCAACUACUGUUAUCACUGAAAUCAACCAUGCCAUUGGGGCAGAAGGAGUAGUGAGCAUGGAAUGUAAAGAAAUUGUCACUCAAUAUGGGGAGAUGAUAUGGGAUCUGUUAGUAUCAGGGGUACAGCCUGGCAAAGUAUGCUCACAAAUAGGUCUAUGUAUCUACAAUGGAGCUCAGUAUGUGAGUUCUUAUAUCGAAACAGUAGUUGAAAAGGGGAAGGAGGAAAUUUCUGCCGUGGAAACUCCAAUGUGUACUGCAUGUGAAAUGGCUGUUGUAUGGAUGCAGAACCAGCUAAAACAAAAGGGAACAAAAGAAGCAGUUCUAAAUUAUGUGAAUCAGCUUUGUGAGAGCCUACCAAGUCCUAUGGGAGAGUCCGUGAUUGACUGCAAAAGCAUUGCAUCCAUGCCAAAUGUCACCUUUACCAUUGGGGAUAAAGCUUUCCACCUCACUUCAGAACAGUAUAUUCUUAAGACUGGAGAAGGCAUUGCAACGAUCUGCCUCAGUGGGUUUAUGGCUUUGGAUGUACCACCUCCACGAGGUCCUUUGUGGAUCCUUGGAGAUGUCUUCAUGGGGGUGUAUCACACCGUAUUUGACUAUGGCAAUCUCCAACUGGGUUUUGCUGAGGCUGCUUAG